GGGUAAUGCUUCUUAAAGAAUAUUUAUAAAAAUAUUACGAUCUUAAACAUGGCUAGUGUCAUUUGCUGAAAUUACUCGAUAUUGAAAAGGAGGUCGAGAAAGAAAUUUAUAUUUCGGAUUUAGUUGGGGUACAGAGCAUGACGCUUUCAACAGAGGGUACUUGCGUUGACCAUAGAUAUCGCCGAAGGAUGGCAAAACGUCUUAAAACAAAUGAAGAAAAGAAAAUACACGAACCUGGAGGAGAACGAAACGUUCUGGGAGUCAGCGAUGCUAAUAGGGUCCCAUUCAGUGAACAAAAUAAAUCACACAUAGAUGCCCCUCGUGAUUCAUCCGCAAGCCAGCCUUUAGAUAUAGUAAAGGCCCUCAUCAUGGCUGCUGACAAUGACAUGCCUGAAUUGAAUCGCGAAUUUUUCACCAGAACUCCGUCUGCCAACAAUGAUGCCGAAGCUUUUGAGCCGAUCUUUGAGGAAUCAGAACUACCUCCUAGACCAGUAAAACACAAGAAAAAGAAAUUUAGUUUUGAUGGGAAAUCAUCAAAACACCCCUCAUCAGACAAUAAAAACGCAGAAACAUAUACGGAGAAAUAAAAUAAUUAGAAAUAUUGGGUGAAAGCAACAGUCUGAUAGCAGAUUCUGCACACGAUCUCCUCCAGACAAAGGAAUUUGCGUGUUAGAACUUAUAAGUAGUUUGACAAAGUGCUCCUAAACAUAAUAUGGCUGUGAUGUUUUUGGAUCGUUUGUACUCUAAAUUUUGCAAUGUUGUUGAGGCGAUGUGAGCUUACUUUCUCAUUAUGAAAUUAACAAAUAUUAUUUCAAACAAAAUAUAUUUAUACAUUUAUUACAAUAAAUAUAAUCAUUUCACUUUUAAAGACAAUUAGUUUGUGGUUUUGUUACCAGACAUUGCAAGGGAAGUAACUUCAAUUCGUCGAGCUAGCGCAUGUUUUAUUCAAUAACUUUAAUUACCUUAACAAUAUUUAUUUGAAUAUAACGAAAUAAUCCUUAUGCAUUGCUGUAUAUUAUCUUUUUUUAUAAAUACAUAACACAAUAUUAGUUAUGAAGUUGAUAGUCAAAUAUAUCUCGACCAGAUUAGUCAUUUUAAUAAAGGUAUAAGAAUAAAAUGCCCACUUUGUUUGUUAUUGAACUACUUUGACGUUACCAUCGGGUUGUACAGAUCUUGAAGAUGUUAUAUUCUUGCUAUAUUGCUUAAUGUAUUUUGAUUCGCAUACAUUUUACCAUCUAUUUCAUUAUUUUUAAAGUACAAAAUGUUUCGUUGAUUUUGCCAUUGCAUGAAAUAUAGAAUGAAGCUUGUUGUCAAAGGGGCACAACUACAACAGAAAAUAUUUUUUCUUUAAGACUUAAAUAAUAAGGCAUUUAAUCAAGGCGCAAAUAUUAAACGAAAUAGGGUUUUCAUAACUAAAUUGAUUACAUAGUAUGUAUAUUUAAAGAAUUUAAAGUUCUGCUUAAAAUUGAAGUAAUUUAUUUGCAUUGAUUAUAAGAAUUAUCUUUAACAAAUAGAUGCAAAUGCUUAUAUUCUAAAAUACAAUAAAAAAAAAACAAAUAUAAUUUACAACACUACAAUAUGUUUCAUUUCGUUGAACUCAGUCACUGAAAAUUACAAUUCUCCUUCCAAUUGGAGUACUUUAAACUAUUUUGAUGAUAACUGUUGUUCUUAAACACUUUAUGCAACAUACCGUUGCUUUUAUAUAACAAUAUACUACUAAAAAAUAAAAAAGUUUUAUUUUGCAGAACUUGAUAACAUUCUGUUAUGCUUGAAACAUGUCUAGUAUCUUUUUAUAAGGUUAAUUAAAAACAUUAUGUUUUAUAUUUUGGACGACUGCAUACCAUGGUUUUGUUUUAGCGAUUAACAAAUCCAUAUCAUGUAAAAUUACUUUGUGCUUGAUGGAAAAUAAAC